GUCGAGUGCAAAUUUCAGUAGUGACAAAUUUCCGAGGUUAUGUCGCCUGUUUAACUAUUUUUUAUAUGAAAAAUAUUAGAUGCAAGUAGAGCUAAUCAGUUAAGUGUAGCGGAAGAAAAAUGAAUUCAAGCUCUUCACUGCAACGAUUUGGGAAUCGAUGGAUAAAAAAGAAGAAUGUUGAGAAGAAAUUGAAGCAACAGGCGACUGGCAGAAGAAACCGAGGACGAAGAGUUCAAGGCCCUGAACCCAUGAUCGAGGUUCAUAACACUGGACAUGAGCCAAUUAAGAGACAAAAAUUACAGGAUGAUAAUCAAGGUGAAGCUCCGGGGACAAAAGAAAUUCAAACCAACAUCACUGCUUGUGAAAAUGGAGCAGAUAUCACUGAACUGCAGUCUAAAGUCAAUGAUAUUGGCACAGAAAUAAGAAUAUUGGAGAGCGCUGAGAGAACACCAGAAGAGGAUGUGAUUACUCCUGAAAAGACUGACAGCGCACAGAAUGAAACUGAGUUCAACACGAAAAUUAUGAAUGGCAAUAAACACCAAGAAAAUCCAAAUGAAGAAUCUAUCCAGAAGCCAAAUUUGACCGGCAAUCGUAUUGUCGAUUUGAAUCUGCUGGCUGAGGCACUGUACUGUGAAUUCUGUGAAAAAACAUUAUCUCUGAAAGAUAUUCUGAGGGAGCUACGACACGGUUUGGGCUCUUAUUUGUUUAUUAGAUGUCCUGAUUGUUUUCAUGAGAAAAAAAUUCCAACAACCAAGUGUAUUCGUGAGAAACACGCAGGAAAACGAGAGCAAUUUCAAAUUAAUUUCAAGGCAUCCAUUGGUUGCUUUCAUGCUGGAAUUGGUAAUCAAGGAUUCAACAAAUUGUUGUCAGGUCUUGACAUUCCCACCGUACCGUCAAAUACACAAAAAUAUUAUGAUCGUAAAGUUGGACCAGUGGUAGAGAAGGUAGCUAAAGGAAGCGGCGAUAGGGCUGCAAAGAUCGAGAGAAGGCUAACAAUUAUCAAUAAAGAACAAAUAGAGAAGAUGGUGUAAGCUGAUAAUAACCCGCUGAAUUAGCAAAUUGUUCUAAAAAACUUUUUUUUCUGCGUACCUUUUAUUUACCGCCUAUCGAAUUCUGUAAUCGCGCUUCUACCUUGAUUAAUGGCUUCAUUCUGCGUAUUACCUUCUAAUUUUUACUUUAUAGAGUGAAGUAUCAUUAUAUUGAUGAUAACUUUAAUUGUGUUAAAGCAAUUGUGUAAAGAUUUUAUUUUGAUUGAUUUCCUAGAUUUUGCAUGAAUAACUUUCU